GUACACCACUGAAUAGUGUGCACCUCGAACUCAAGAAAGCGAAAGUCCAAAAAGGACGAGAUCCGAAAAAGAAUGAUGAAUCUCGCUGAUUCGCUAGUAGUCAGGCAAUUGUUCAUUCUGUACGAUGCUUUUGACUCUUUUGGGAUUUGAUCUCGCAAUAUCAAGGGCAGCUCCUGCCUCCGACAAUUUACGGCUUGGCGGGGUCGGUCUGCUUUUGAUGACAAUGCUCGUGGAGUCGUGGCCUCGCAGUUCUACCCCGCAAGAAGCACGGCUGCAUGGUUAUCGAACAGCUGUAUUAGGAAAGGGAGGGAGCCUUGGAAGAGACUUGAUCAAGCGAAUGAUUUAUCUUGAGAAUGAAUUGGAAGAGAUUGAUGAAGUGGUGCAAUCGAGUUGGACUGGAAAUGGACUCAACUGCUCAUGUAAAGAGCAAAGUAUCGAGAGGAGAGCUUUGAACCUUUGAUGCCAUGGAAAAUUGAGCGUGGAGAACAUUGACGCGGCGUUGCAGAAACCAGAGUCA